UUAUUUUAUGCUAUUACUUUUAUUUCCUUGAAAUAAAUGGAGACAGAGUUGUAUAUGUACUUAAAUUUCUUACCGAUAUAUCUGUAAAUAACAUUUUAUAGAUGUGAUGACUGCAUUGGGAUCAGAACAAGAGGCAGCUAGAGAAGCAAGUUUGCAUUUGCAGAGUUUAUCUGAGGAUUUUGAUGACCCAGCUGGGGCUGCAGAUCCAGGAGAAAGUACCGUCAAUGAACAAGGAGAAGGGUCUCCUGGAGAACAUCUUCCCUUGCAGAACACCCAGCCAACCAGGGAAAUGAAAGCAUCCAAUCCAGAGAAGGCAAUAAGGAGGAAAAUACAGUUAUCCACGUCAGUGUCUUCCUGGAAACAUCCUUUGCUGAAGCCCAUUCAGCCAGCCACUGAUACAAAAGAAUCUGUUCCAGAGAAGUCAGUAAGAACGAAGAACAUAUGGACACACAUAAAAGAGACCUGCUCUUGCUAUGUUAAUCAGGUGGAUGACAAACUUUUGCGUUCAAGAACUCCUUCGUUGGUGGCCUCCCCAAGUGCUGGGUCUUCUGAAGAACAUCAUUCCUUGAAGCCCACUCAGCCAGCCAUUGAAAUGAAAGUAUCCAUUCCAGAAAAAGAAAUAAGAAUGAAGAAUAUACCAACAUCCACAUCAGAGACCAGGUCAUCUUGCUAUGUUGGUAAGGCUGGUGGCAAACUCCUAGAAUCAAAGGGUCCUUCCCUGCUGACUUCCACAAGUGCUGCUAUUGCGUGUACAAGCCACAGUUCUGGACACAGAACAGCAUUUCCUAAGGAACAUCCUCCCUUGAAGAAGCCCAUUCAGCCAGCCACUGACACGAAAGAAUUUGUUCCAGAGAAAGUGGUAGGAAAGAAGAAUAUACAGACAUCCACAUCAGGAUGCCUGCAAAUGAUGAAGGAGGAUGUGCUCACAUUCCUUGCAGCAGAAACCCACUUAGGUAGCCCCAACCUUGACUUCCAAAUGGAAAGGUACAUCUACAGUGAUGGUAUCUACAUCAUAAAUCUGAGGAGGACCUGGGAGAAGCUUCUGUUGGCAGCUUGGGCUGUUGUUGCCAGAAAUCCUGCUGAUGUCAGGGUCACAUCCUCCAGGAACACUGGCCAGCGAGCAGUGCUGAAGUUUACUGCUGCCACUGGAACUGCUCCUGCUACUGAACUCUUCACUCGAACUUUCACUAACCAGAUCCAGGCAGCCUUCUGGGAGCUACAUCUUCUAAUAGUUACUGACCCCAGGCCUGACCACCUGCCUCUCACAGAGGCAUCGUAUGACCUGCCUACCACUGCUGUGUGUCACACAGAUUCUCCUCUGAGUUAUGUGGACUUCACCAUCCCACACAAUAAGGGAGCUGCCUCAGUAGGCCUGAUGUGGUGGAUGUUUGCCCAGGAAGUUCUCCGCAUGUGUGGCACCAUCUCCCAUGAACACUCAUGGGAGAUCAUGCCGGAUUUCUACUUCUACAGAGAUCCUGAAGAGAAUGAAAAGGAAGAGCAGGCUGCCACUGAGAGAGGUGUGACCGAGGAGGAAUUUCAGGGUGGAUGGACUGGCCUAGCUUCUGAGUUCACUGCUACUCAGCCUGAGGUUGCAGACUGGUCAGAAGUGCAAGUGCCCUCUGUGCCUACCCAGCAAGUUCCCACUGAAUACUGGAGCUCCCAACCUGCCAUGGAGAAGGCAGCAACUCCCACUGCUCAGGCCACUAAAAGGGUGGGAACAACCACUGAGUGGUGUUAG